AUGGUGCAUCUCGCAAUUAGAUGUAUUGACCAAAAGAAUGUCGGCGAGAGAACACAUCAAGUCAAGCUCAUGGGACGAAUCUAUGCAGAAUGUACAGAGUGUAUAGUGUACCUAGGGAACAACUUAGACGACACCGCUGUUGCGUUGACUGAGCCGCCGCCAGUUCUGUACUUUGACGAAGUUACUGUGCCCCGGGUGGUAACCCUACGAUCGAGACGCAAGCCAGGCAUAUACGACAUUUUCUUACUCUUCCAAGAAUUAAGCCGAGGUGGUCAUCCACACGAGACUUCGGCUUUUGGUAAUGCACCAGAGAUACUCACAACAGACCGACGAAAAACUCAGGAUCGACUGAACUUAUUGGAGACUUUGAGAAGAUUCACGCAUGCUCCAUUCACACCAUGGUGGACUCGGAUAUGGGUUGUACAGGAGAUAGCAGCUCCGCCUCGAGUCGUCGUCGUUUACGGAACGAUCUCUGCACCAUGGACAAUGUUUGCAAUCGCGGCCCGUGAGUAUGUGAGGCACAGCAAGACAUGCUGCAAUCAUGAUAUCAAGUUCAUGCCACGGGAUGAGCUGGCAGUCUUGGAAUAUAGUUUCGAUAUGAUCAUUUCCAUUGACGAUCUUCGUAGCGCACAACAGACACACAAACAAAAUAUCCACGACAGCGCUGAGAGGAUGCAACCUCCUUUACUACUGGAUUUGCUCAUAGCCUUCCGUGACAGGAAGGCUUCGGAUCCUCGAGACAAAGUCUAUGCCCUUCUUGGUAUGGCUCGGACUGAGGAAGGCAGAGCAUUGGUACCAGACUAUUCGUUGAGCGAAGUUGAAGUCUUCCGUAAAGUAACAGUGGAGUCAAUAUACGCCACCGAGGACCUUUCUCUCUUCAGUACUGAGCUGGGAAGAAAGUUUCGAGAUGAUUUGCCAUCUUGGGUUCCUGACUGGGGUGCACCAGGAAGGUCUAUCUACACAUACAACGCGGAAGCCCUGGAACUUUACAAUGCAUCUCCAGACAAAGCUACACGCCUUUCGGUCUUACCAAUCGACCAAGACGCGCUGAAGUUAAGGGCUACGCGUAUCGGAACUGUUCAGCAUGUUGGCGAUGUUAUGUGGGGAGACGAUGCAGAAUACAACCAGAGGACACUUAGAAAAUGGUGGGAUAUGUUGAACGCAGUGGAUUCAGGGUCUGGCAUGAGAAGUGUCAUUCCUCAUGAUCUAUGGAGAGUGUUGUGUGCAGACAUCGUAUACUACUCUCAGCAGUCAAAUUUCCGAAGGAGAACGCAGUUCACCGAUGAACUCAUGUUCAUAUGGUGGGCGAAUUUCUCGCGUUUAUCACCAUUUUUGAUAAAACCAAAUGAUCCAAGGUUUUGGUCAAAAGAGGCGAUAAUGUGGGCGGAUCUGUUUACGUUAUGGCCAAACGCCACGCAUCUGAGCUCUUUAGAUGCCGAGGAUAUCUCCGCUGACUUUUCCCCCCGCUUCGUGCAGGAUGCAUGUGAUGUUUUGUCAGAUAAUAUCAAGGAGAUCACUUUUCGCAUGAUCUACGACGCACUCUACGAAACACCGGAAAAUUACUUCAUCUUCUCAAGCAGUCCAACUCCGGGAUCAGCUCACCCUCGUAAAGAAGCGCCAUGGAGGGACCUAUUUGUCAAGGCACUGGGAAAGUUGAGGGAGCAUUACGGUUCAGAUGUUCAGAUGGAUUUACUGGAAAUAGUGGGAUUCUCGCAGAUCGUUGAGGAAUCCAUACGCGCAGCGACACUCUCACGGCGGAUGAUUGUAAGCUCGGGAACUCUGGGGUUGGCGCCAGCAGGAACUGCGGUUGGAGACGCCAUAUACAUCCUGACGGGUGGCUUGACGCCAUUUGUGUUGCGGCAGCGCAAACAGAAUUUUUCAAAGACAGAGAUGUUGAAAUAUGAGAUUGUUGGCGAUUGCUAUCUGCACGAGAGGAUGGACGGGAACAAAAAAGACCAGGACCAUGUUGAGUGGAUAAUGCUGAUAUAG